AUGGCACGUCACCCAGUCGUUCACGGAGUUCUGAGCAUUAGUGGGACCUUUGGUGCUGCCAAAGGUUUUCAAAAGUUACUACAAAGAUAUCUAAGUAAUGAAUGGUUAUUUGAAAACGAGAAGGAUAAGAUAAGCCCAACAAGUUUGGUCCCGAGUAUAUUGGAAUCUUCUUCACAAGAUUUAUCCAACAAGAGUAAAGAAUUGGACUGGACUGGCGUAUUAUCUUUUGUAGUAGACCAAAUUGCUAAUGUGGACGUACGUUUAGCAGUGGCCAUAGUCGUGCUGGCCGUGAUGGGCCCAGUGCUGCCGUAUGCUUUCGGUUAUGGUAAGGUCGAUGCUGCUAGCACUGAAUCGGAGAUUAUAGCUUCGCAUUUGGAUCCCGCUCAGAGGGCCCUUUUACAAUUCGGUAAAUCAAAGUCAGAACCUGUUUUAUUUGGCUAUGUAUCCAUGGAAUUGGAUGAACUUGAAGAACAUGGUAGCUCUGAGCAUGUCCUUCACCUGCGAAGACAAUUGCAAUUGGAAGAUCAGCAUUUUGUUAAGGAAUUACGAGAUGAAGUAAACAUUGCCGAACAACUUGUACAAAGACAGGAAUCAAAAGAGUUGGAAAAGGAAGAGGAGCAAGAAGUGGUGGUAGCACAUUCAUGUUCACGUUCACAUUCAGGUUCACCUCAGGUGGAAGAGAGUGAUACUUCCGCAGAUGGUAAACCGAGUUCGUCAACAAGAUCGGAGUACACUUUACCCAGUGCCCAAACAUCGCCUCUUGAUCAUAGAGAUUCUUGUGUAUCCCAUUCAAAUACCUGCAUUCAACUCUCACCGAUCAAGACCAGCAACUUGGAUGCUCAGUUAACUUCAGAACAGGCUUAUUCUCAACCUUUCACCUACUAA